CUGCGCAAUAUUGCGCAAACAUCAUAUUCGAUGUAAAAAUGUGGCAACUCGUGCAAAAGUCAGACGUUCGAGCGAGUAAAAAUUUGACACUUGAUGCGCGCCAAAUGUCAUCAUUAUGCAUCAAAAAUUUUUCUACUGCGCGCAAAUAUUUUAUAGUAAUUCUUAAAUAGUUGUAUUUUGUUGCUUCAAAAAUUUUUGUAUUGCGCGCCAAUAAUGGAAGAAGAGAGUGAAAAGUUAAAUUCACCGGUUACAAAACUCCUAGUAAGGUCCCGACUUGACCUGGAGCCCGAGUUUGCUGGCGGGAAGAGGAAAAAGUCUGUCCUAUGGGGAAAGGUGGUCGAAAAUAUGCGUAUUAUAAAUCCGGAGGUGUCGCAAACAAAAGAAUUUAUGCAGAGGAAAUUUUUAAAUUUGUUUGCGACGUAUAAGAGGAUUAAAAAACGCAACGACGCGACAGGUCGAGGUGCCACGACGUGGGAAUAUUUUAAGGAUUUUGAUAACGUUUUCGGAAAUAGGCACUCCAUUGAGCCUCCCAUAAGGAACCUCCAGAGCUCACUGCAAUAUUUAGUUGAAAGUGGAGUGAGUGAGGAGGAAAGGAGCGUGGAAGAAAGCGAUGCAGAAGGUGUCAGUCGAAGAAAACGACCAAAAACUAUUGCAUAUGAAACAUUGGAUUUUUUUAAAGAAGAAGCGCGGAAAGAGCAGAUUCGGCACGAAGAAACUAUGAAGAUCGAAAAGGAAAAAUUGCUGGUUGACAAGGAAAGUAUUAAAGCAAUGUUGGAUUUGCGGCAAGUUUUGGAGGAAUUGUGCCAAAAAUAA